CUCGCAUAUGAAAUAUUGAACCCAGGAAGGAAUGACCUUUGCCCUCAAAAAAAAAAAAGAAUCGCACGGAGCUAGUUAUUUAAACCCCGACAAUCCCCACAGCUGGCCGAGAUGGAGAACACGAGCACUUCCAGAACAACAACGAAGCAUUGUGGGAUUGCCCGCCAGCGAAACAAACCGGCCUGCACUCCCCCACAUGGAUCGUGUGCAGAGGAAUAUCAUGAUUCAAGCGUGUAAGGAGGCUUGAGACUUUUGACUUUCCUGCAACCACAGGUUUGUUGUCGCUUAGAUCUGUCCGGUUCCUGAAUCAUCCGCUAUCGGUGACGAAAUUAACAUCAUUUGACUGAGGUGCUUCAGAGGAUGGACUGCAGCAAGCAUCAAGCGUCAUUCAGAAUUAGAAAUGUAGUUUGGUCGGCACUCAGUUGCCGGUUGUAUAGAUGCUACCGUGACAGGGAUCAUGCGAAGGGCCGCUGCACGCCCUACCAGCGAACUUUGUAACUAACUAUUUUAGUUAGCUGUGCUCCGUAAAUUCCUCCGAAAUGAUUCUCCGGAAGGGCGUUAAUUAGCACCAAGCUUGCUCUCGAGUUGCUGGGAAAUAAAUAUAUAUAUAUA